AUGGUGAUAUUUGAAAACAUUGGCGAACUAAAAUCUCGAAAGAAUUUGAAUAUGAAGUUUUCAUAUCAUAUUUUAAGAAAACGGAAAUUAUUUACGUUUUAUAUGUAUGACCAAUACACAUCUGGAAAGGCAAACGAGGUGAUUAAAGGAUGUAUUCAAAUGAAAUCGGAUGAUUCCUAUAGCCAAGCUAAAGCGUUGUUAAAGAAACAUUUUGGAGAUCCUUUCAAAGUAGCAAACGCCUACAUUGCGAGGCUCACCAAAUGGCCAUCAGUAAAACCUAAGGAUGGAAAGCGUUUGCAAGAAUUUGCUAUCGCACUAGAACAAGCUAAGAAUGCAACAACCAACUUGCCCUACAUGGAUGACCUUAAUACUGCCCAAGUGUUACGUCAGCUAUGGGAAAAGUUACCGCUGUACAUGAGAAGCAAGUGGACAGAGCGAGCAAAACAAGCUGACUUCGCCACAGACCCAGUGUUCUCAGAAGAUUUCUCGGAAAGGUCGAAGGAAGAGAGUAAGGAUAAAUUCGGUGACACCGGACGAUAUCGAAGAGACAAGGGUACUAGGAACUUUGGUACACCACACGACUUAAAUGAGUGCGAAGAGUUUCGAAAGAAAACUCUGCUUGAGCGUAAAGGCUUUAUUAGAGAAAAGGGACUAUGUUUUGGAUGUUUGAAACAAGGACACAUUUCAAGCAAGUGUAAUGAUAAGCUAACAUGCAAGACGUGUGAAAAGAAGCAUCCCUUUGUAUUACAUGACCCUGAUUGGAAGUCAAAGUCCAAAAGGCGCCAAACUGAUUCAAGAGAGGAUAACAAAACACAAGAACUUGGGAAGAACGAUCAAGAACGAAUAAAUAGUGGACUUACCGUAUGCAGUAUCACUGAAGCUGGCGAUGUUCCAGUCAGCAUGGGAGUUGUACUGGUCUGGCUAUUCCAUAAAAGCAAACCAGAGAAUAAAGUAAAGGUAUAUGCUCUACUAGAUAACGGAAGUGGUGGAACAUUCAUUAAGACAGAAACCAUGAAUAGACUUGGGAUCAAUGGUGAGAACACUACGUUAGUGUUGACAACUAUGCAUGGUACACAAGAGAUCGAAACAAGAGUGGUCAAUGGUCUAGUAGCUGUGAACUAUCAGCAAGAAGACGUAUCUGUGGACCUACCAAGAAGUUAUGAGAGACAACAAAUACUGAUCGACAGAGAUGAGAUACCAAAACCAGAAGUUGCUGUGAAGCAUCAACAUCUUCAGAAGAUUAGCAAACAACUAGCCCCGUAUAUGAAGAACGUAGAGGUUGGCCUACUAAUUGGCCUGAACUUCCCAAAGGCUCUGCGUCCAAGAGAAGUAAUACACGGUCAGGAGACGGAACCGUACGCAGUGCGAUCUAUACUUGGUUGGUAUGUUAAUGGUCCAGUAGACAGCAAUGGUGAUGCCACAGUUCGUUGUAAUCGAGCACACGUAUCAAAUCCUGGUAAAUCGUCAGGAUGCAUUGUAACCGAGAGAAAUGUCAAAGAAGAAAUAGCGCCGAAAACUGUAGAGAGAAUGUUUGAAUUAGACUUCUCGGAAAAGGAGAAAGGGCUGGCAAUUUCAAAGGAAGAUCGUGAGUUUCUAAACAAGGUUGGAAACGGAAUCGUGCAUCGUGAAGACUCGCAUUAUGAAAUGCCAUUGCCAUUCAAAGGUGAGAACGUUACUCUUCCAAAUAACCGUCCACAAGCCGAACAACGAUUAAAGAGUCUGAAGAAACGGCUCUUAUCUGACGACAAGUUUGACAAGACUACACUAACUUCAUGA